AUCACUGAGGGGUAGGUCUCGAAGUGCUGAGACUCGGCUUCAACCAAGUACCAGGCUUUUGGGCCAAACGACUUCCUAGCCCGUAUGUUGUUGGUUCGAAUUUGCAUCAUAAAGAAAGGUCUCAAUCGCGGGGAUAACGUUCGGACAUCCGUAUACACUUCGCAUCUGCGAUAUUGAAUGACGCAAGCAUCUAUCACGCACAAUGGGAAAGAAGAAAGUGAUUGUCUGCUAUGGUGUGGAUAUCGAUGCCGUAGCUGGCUGGCUCGGCUCUUACGGCGGCGAGGACAGCACUAGCGACAUCAGUCGAGGUCUUUGGGCUGGGACUAUCGGCACGCGCCGCCUUCUGAAGCUUUUUGAAAAGUACAGCAUCAAAGCCUCUUGGUUUAUUCCUGGCCAUACUCUGGAGACAUUUCCAGAAGAAUGCGCCAUGGUGCGUGAUGCAGGGCACGAAAUCGGCCUGCACGGCUACAGUCACGAGAACCCUGUCGAUAUGACUCUGGAGCAGCAGCGCGAUGUCCUCGACAAGACGUGGAAGAUGCUCACCGAGUUCUGCGGCAAGCCCCCUAAGGGCAGCGUUGCGCCGUGGUGGGAGACCAGUGAAGAGGGCACCGAGCUGCUCCUGAGCUAUGGCAUCGAGUAUGAUCACUCAAUGUCGCACCAUGACUGUCAGGCGUACUGGUUGAGAACCGGGGACACCUGGACCAAGAUCGAUUACACGCAAAAAGCCGAGACAUGGAUGAAGCCCCUGGUGAAGGGGAAGGAGACUGGAUUGGUCGAGAUCCCUGGUUCCUGGUACAUUGACGAUCUUCCUCCCAUGAUGUUUAUGAAGAACUCGGCGAACUCGCACGGUUGGGUGAAUCCCAGGGAUGUUGAAGAUAUCUGGCGGGAUCAUUUCGACUACUUUUACAGAGAAUAUGACGAGUUUAUUUUCCCCAUGACAAUCCACCCGGAUGUCUCGGGUCGGCCCCAUGUUCUCCUGAUGCAUGAGCGCAUCAUUGAGCACAUAAACAAACACGAAGGUGUCGAGUGGGUAACGAUGGGAGAGAUGAGCGACUACUUCAAGUCCAAGAACCCGGUUCCGGAAGGGGGACUAAUGCCUGCUAGUAAGGAGGAGGUCAUGAAAAAAUACGAGGAGUGGAAAAAGACGCAGUCGUAGGCAGUUGAGAUACUGAUGCGAGUGUCGAGGCUAGUGAGGUCCACCAGUAUACUCCCUUACACAAAAUAUAUCCAUGAAUGAGGAAGUAAUUUGUGAAGGCUGCUGAUGAAGAUGAAUUUUACUCCUCA